CAAAAACAACAGGAGUAUAAACUAACAGCGAUUAUAAGAUUAUUCUACCACUAUACAUUUAUAACUGGUAAAAAUGAAUUUCAAACUCGCAACACUAUAUGUGGGUGAUCUGCACCCUGAAGUGACAGAAGCCAUGCUUGUAUGGAAAUUUAGUCCUUCAGGCCACCUUCACUCCGUCCGGGUCUGCAAAAAAUGGGAGACCGGCGCUUCACUUGGAUAUGCAUAUGUCAACUUUUACCAGCAAUCUGAUGCUGAGCGAGCAUUGGAAACACUUAAUUGUGUGCCCAUUAUGGGGAAGCCAAUGAGGGUCAUGUGGUGUCAGAGGGAUUCCACCAUAAGGAAGAGCGGCGUUGGAAACCUGUUUAUUAGAAACUUAGAUGUGGAGACAGAUGACAACUUGACCCUUUUUGACCUCUUUUCAUGCUUUGGAAAAGUCCUGUCAUGCAAGGUUGUAGCUUACAAGACGGGGACAAAAGGGUACGGUUAUGUCCAGUUUGAGUCUCAAAAGGCGGCGAAUUUGGCAAAGGAACGACUCGACGGCAAACUUUUCAACAACCAUCCAAUCUCCGUCGAGCACUUUAAAUCUCGUGAGGAACGUGAGAAACCCCAGAACAAGCAGAAAGAACUUCAACUCUUUAUAAAGAACCUGGAUGAACAUAUAAAUAAUGAGUACCUGCACAGGGAGUUCUCCAAAUUUGGAACCGUCACCAAAGCAAAGGUCAUAAUAGAAAACGGACGAUCCAGGGGGUUUGGCUUUGUGCAUUUUUCAUCAGCCAAAGAAGCAACAAAGGCCAUGAGUCAGAUGAAUGGCAGGAUCUGGGGUGGGAAGCAGAUCUUCGUGGAGGUGGCUAGGCGGAAAGAAGAACGUCAACCUCAGAUUCCAGCUGUGGGACAGAGUCCAGGUCCACCUCAGGUUCCAGCUGUUGGACAGAGUCCAGCUCCACCUCAGGUUUCACCUGUGGGACAGAGUCCAGCUCCACCUCAGGUUCCAGCUGUGGGACAGAGUCCAGCUCCACCUCAGGUUCCAGCUGUGGCACAAAAAACACUCCGCAUUUCUCUGACAGGAAAAUUUCAAUUGACAUCAAUCAACUGACAGGAGAAAUAACAAUACAAUUCUGAAAUAUAAACCAGA